CUGUGGCUUACUGGCGCGUGUUAUACGAUGGGUUCGAGCAGAUCACCGACGAUAUAAACAAUACGUCGCCAACAGAGUGGCAGAAAUUUUAGAAGCUAGCGACAUGCGAGACUGGCGGUGGUGUCCUGGACCUCUCAAUCCAGCCGAUGAUGCCACUAGAGCGAAAUUUCCGGCGAACUAUAACCCGGACGGACGGUGGAAAAAUGGCCCAGAAUUUUUGUUGGAAGACGAGAACUUAUGGCAGAAGGAAUCACUUAUAGCUAAUAGCGAGGAGCACAGCGGAGAUGAGCUGCGUGUCAAAUACACUAUGUCAAUUGCGAGGCAAGUAUACGUGAUAAUGCCAGAUAUUGAUCGCUUUUCAAAUUAUUCUAGACUGAAACGAUCUGUGGCAUGGAUUCAUCGUUAUGUUCAAAAUUUGUUGAGGAAAGUGCGGCACGAAGCGCCCACUAAAGGCGAACUAACCGUUGACGAAGAGCGUCAAGCGGAAACACAUCUUAUACAAUUCGUCCAGGAACGAGCGUAUGCCGAAGAACUUGCCGACAUAAAGCGCAAUGGCGCUGUUUCGACCUGCAGUACAUUGAGGACACUCAACCCCUUUAUUGCAAAUGAUGGCAUGCUGCGAGUAUGCGGAAGAAUUGAGAGGGCAGCGUGCACGUCGAUUGAAGCGAGACAGCCGAUUAUAUUGCCAAAUAAUCAUAGGGUGACGCGCUUGCUUGCCGAAUACUAUCACGUAAAAUUUUUACACAUCAACGUUGCCACGGUGAUGAGUGAGAUUCGUCAACGGUAUUGGAUCCCUUCGCUUCGAAGACUGCUAAAUAGCGUGCAGUCGCGAUGCCAACUUUGUCGCGUGAAACGUGCCAAGCCCCAGCAACCGCAAAUGGGUGUUCUACCCCCUGACCGAGUGACACCGUAUGUUAGGCCUUUCACCUAUACCGGGCUUGACUUUUUUGGACCGAUCAGCGUAACUAUUCGUCGCCAGCGUGAGAAGAGGUGGGUCGCACUGUUCACCUGCCUCACUGUGCGCGCCAUCCAUUUAGAAGUGGCGACUGACCUGUCAAGUGACGCGUGCCUUAUCUGCAUCCGAAAUUUUAUUAAUAGACGCGGAGUGCCCGUGGUGAUAAGGAGCGACAAUGGCACCAACUUUGUUGGCAUUGCAAAGGAGCUGCAAGGCGUAAGUUCUUUUUUAGAUUCCUCUUCUUUAACGGCCGGCUUAACGCCAUUGGGCAUCCGCUGGAAAUUUAACACACCUGCGAAUUCGAGUGAAGGUGGCGCAUGGGAAAGACUCGUCCAAUCAGUGAAGAAAGCGCUAUUCACUAUGUUGAAGGAACACUCACCACGACUCGAAACGCUGCAGAGCCUUUUAAUUGAGACUGAAAACAUGGUCAACGCCAGGCCGUUAACCCACCUGCCGGUGACGCCCGAGGAGCCGGAGCCACUGACCCCCAACCACUUUUUGUUGGGGUGCCCCAACUCCACACAGACGCCAGCGCCAUUUGAUCACCGCCUGUUGUGCGUGAGAAAGCAGUGGCGUGUGGUGCAGAAUUUGAAGAACGGUAUGUGGCACCAAUGGGUGCGCGAAUAUUUACCCGAACUGACGCGGCGUACAAAGUGGUGCUUGCCAGAAAAGCCCAUCCAGCCAGGAUGUCUUGUUUUGAUAUGUGAAGCCGAAUCUCCCAGGUCGCAGUGGAAGAGAGGAAGGGUGGUGGAGCUACACUACGGUAGAGACGGUGUCGCUCGCUCCGCCCAUGUUACGACAAGCAGCGGAGUCUACCGAAGACCUAUCUCAAGGUUAGCGGUUCUUGAUGUGGAACCAGCACGAACCAUUAGUGAGGCCUCCUCAUCCGGGUCAGCUCACGGGGGCGGGGAUGUCGAUGAUGGCAACCCUACAAAUGUUGCAGAGCACGAAUAGCGGUGUAUUGUAUCUGUAUUUGAAUGUCAUUUA